CUUAGAAAUGAGAGAGUAUACGAUUCACAGCCGUGGUGGGCCACAAAAACGUAUUCGCCGUCCCUAUCUCAAAGCCCUCUCUUCAAAUUCAUUUGAUUUCCAACUCUUUUCAGAACUCACAAAUUAAUCUCAAUUUCUAAGUAAUCGAAUCCGUAAACUUAAAUUUCUCGCGUUUUGAUUUUCGAAAUGAAGGAUGAUGACAACCUUCCAUCAACAACGCUAAGUGUAAAGAAAGAAAGCUCAGAUUUGAGUUUUUUGGGCAAAGGUCGUUACAAGGUUUGGGCAUUGGCGGCCAUCUUAUUGCUGGCUUUGUGGUCAAUGUUCACCGGCACCGUUACUCUCCGUUGGUCGGCCGGCAAUCUCAACCGUUUUACCGAUGAUAUUGAUAGCCCUAUCCACGACGAUCUCGACGUCCUCGAGAUGGAAGAGAGAGAGAAAGUGGUGAAGCACAUGUGGGAUGUGUACAGCAAUAACCGUCGGAUCAGAUUACCGAGAUUUUGGCAAGAGGCAUUUGUUGCUGCGUACGAGGAGUUGAGCAGUGACGUGCCGCAGGUUCGAGAGGCUGCAAUUACUGAGAUCGCUAAGAUGUCUAUUCGCUCUGUUGAUAUUGAUCCGCCUCCGUCCCACUCAACGCCGUUCCAUUCUUGUGUUUUUCUCAGGCGGUAAGACAAUUAAGUACGAGUCUGAGGCAAAUUGGGAUAGAGGGGGAAACCAUAAGUUCAACCACAAAGGGUGAAUGAUGUAAAGAAUGCUGAGGAUCCAAGAAUAGUGAUCAUCAUUCCACCCCAGGUUUGCCCAGGGAUUAAACAAAAAAAAUCACACCCUCUUUUCUUGCUUUUUCAUUUAUAAUUUAUAAACAGGGACAGUUUAUGUAUCUAAUUAGGUUCCUUUCCAAUCCUUCCAAAAUUUUGCUGUCAAGAUCAUGUGUAGUGGGUGAUAGAGUAAAACAAUAUUUUGAGCGCAUAUAAUGUUGAAGUGAGAUUUUUUUUUUUUUUAUGAGAUUUUGUUUUAUAAAUUCAAGUGAGAGAUAUCUUUGAAGCUCUA